AAUUUCACUCUGAAAAGUCCGAGUCACACAUUACAGGAAAUCUCCUUCAACAACCCCUCGUUAUGGAUCUCGGCGUCGCGACUUCUGGACCUAUAACGCGUGAAUUCUCGGCAGUAGUAAUAGCAGGCUUUGGAAAUGAACUUGUACCUCUGACCAGCAAUAACGGCGCUGAGCCGUGUCCCAAAGCCUUAGUUCCUUUAGCAAACAAACCGAUGAUAGACUAUGUGAUGUCGUGGAUAGAACAAGCCGGCGUCAAAGACGUCCUGUUGAUAUGUCCCUCAAUACACCGUCCUAUGAUUUCGCAUCACGUUCAUUCCGGCCUUUCUACUCUUCGUAUCGAUGUACAAACCUACGACGAAUCUCCCGAGGGUAACACAGGAACAUGCACGCUUCUUAGGCAUUUCGCAAACCGGAUUUCAGAAGAUUUCAUUUUGCUACCUUGUGACUUUAUACCUCCUCUUUCGUUGUCCCUCAGUACCAUUUUGAACAAACAUCGUACGGAAAGCGUUAGUGAUGGAUCUGUCGCUACUGCUUGUUGGUUUGCAGCUCAAAAACCAGACAAGAACUCCUUGGUUGAAGACUGGGGAUCAAUACCACCACCAGUACCCAUAGUUUGGGAUGAUGCGACUGGGACGUUGCUUCAAGUGGAUACUGCCGAUGACUUGGACCGAAACUCGGAAGAACUGGAACUACGGAUGUCGCUAUUAUCGCAAUAUCCGCGAACGAAGCUUUCCAACCGCUAUCAGGAUUCACACGUAUAUGUCUGUCGAAGAUCAGUAUUGGACUUACUGCAAGAGAAGAAACACUUUGAUUCGUUCAGAGAGGAAUUCAUUCCUUGGUUAUGCAAGGUGCAAUACCAACGAACGAAACGUGAAAAAUACGGGCACAUUCUGAAUCCAGUCACAAAUGUAAUCACUCAGGAUGUUUCACUGCGACAUUCCACCCUGCGCGCGCAAGCGAAAGUCUACAGCAAAAGUGUUCUUCACCAAUCCGACGACGCCGAUGCAUCAUCUCCUUUUGACCCGGAAUCUACAACAGACUCAUCAAGCUUGAGAGUGGGUAUCGUGCUACAUCCAGCAACUGCCGGAUUCGCGACGCGUGUCAACAACAUCCACUCACUGUUGGAUAUGAAUCGACGCCUCUUAGCAGAAACUACCUAUGCGUUACCGACCGACCCACAAAACCGAUCGCUUAUCGACCCCAAAGCCCAGAUUUCCUCUGACACGAUAAUUGGUGCAUUCACUCAAGUAUCCGAGCGUACUACAAUCAAAAAAUCUGUCAUAGGGAAACACUGCGUGUUAGGAAAGAUGGCGAGGAUCACAGGCUGUGUUCUUUUGGACCACUGCGUUAUUGAGGAUGGUGCGAAGAUAGACGGAUGCAUACUGGGCAAAAACACAAAAGUCGGCACAAAGGCAGAAUUGACGCGAUGUGUCACACAAGCCGGGUAUGAAGUUGGUUCAGGGGAAACUUUCAAAAAUGAAAAACUUGAUGUUUCGGAUUGGACAGCUGGCCCAGAUGAAAGUGAAGAAGACGACGAUGAUGAUGAGGAAGAAAACGACGACGAUGAUGAUGAAGACGAUGAUGAUGAAGACGAAGAAGAAGAAGAGGAGGAGAAAGAUUAGUCUGCAAAAUUGUAGACGAAGUUGAAAGCAACAACUAUUGGCAUCUACUGGAUUACGUCAUAAUUCUUCUGUGCGAUAGUAGAGGUCGGAUGAUAUCGCGCGUUUGGCACAUUCGUAGAUCUGGUUUAGUCUGGACGGAGAUUGGGGGACCAGAAGGUGGUGAAAGUAAUUUACAUGAAUAAGGAGAAAGUUUUUGAAAAACGUAGGGUUGAAGCUUAGGUGAGGGAAGGUUGUGCAUGACAAUGAUGACAUGUCGUCUUGUCGCCUUGUCGCCAGUGGGUGGAGGAACUUGUCCCCGUCUAGGAUCUUCUU